AUGUUAUAAUGUCAUCAGAAACGAGAAUAAAUCUCAGUAACAUUUCUAACAUUCAAAUCGAGCAUAGAUAAGAAAAUCUGGAGAGGUAGGGAAUUGUUUUCGUUGCAAGUUGAAUACGUCAUAAUAAAAUAGAAUUUCAUGGAGUACAAAGAAAUUUUAUAAAUUAUAAAGUCACAAUUAUUACAAUUACAUAUUAUAAUACAAAAUGACGACAUUAUUAAUUAUAAUUUUAUGUUUAGAUUGAAUUAGUUGGCUGGACAAUUUAAGGAAGUCAAGUUCCUAGCAGAUCCUCUUGAAUAUCUUCGAUUGUAUGACAUGCUUGAAAAAGACGAAAAAGAUAUUUGUUUUGCAGUUCGAAAAUUUGCAUAGGAAAAAGUAUGAGGAAUCAAUUAAUUAGGCCGCACCAACAAUCAAUAAGUAUGUUGAGGCAGCUGAAUUUCCCACAGAGAUUGUCGAAGCCCUAAAACCAUUGAAACUGAUUCAUAAAACCGACACAUACGUCAAAACUGGUUUAGCCUAUUUAGAAUUAGCCAAAGUCGAUGCUGGUUUGUCAACAUUCUAUUUGUUAAUGUAAGCAUGAAAACAAUUGAUUAGAUCAUCAUUGGUACCUCAUAGUAUUGAAACAUUUGGUUCAGAGGAUCAAAAAAAGAAAUACUUAACUAGGAUCAAGGACAUGGAUAUUUUGGGAGGAUGGGCACUAACUGAAAGGGAGUAUGGAUCUGAUGCCUCAAGUCUAUAGACUAGUGUCAAGAAGGUAUAGGGAGGAUACUUAUUGAAUGGCAACAAGAGAUGGAUUGGAAAUGGAAAUAAGGAUAUUUUAGUUGUUUGGGCCAGAAAUACUGAGAAUAAUAACAUAGAAGGAUUUAUAGUCGAAAACAAAUGGGCUGGAGUUCAUGCCGAACCAAUCAAACAUAAGUUAGCAUUGAGAAUAGUUUAAAAUUGUUAAAUCACAUUUAAAGAUGUGUUUAUACCUGAUGAAAAUAGGAUGCCAAAAGCCAAAGACUUUUAGAAUGGUGUAACUUAAGCUUUGUAGCAUUCAAGAGUAGGAGUACCUUGGAUAGCUUUGGGAAUAUAAGCUGGAGUUUAUGAGAAUGUAGUUAAAUUUGUAACGAGAAGAAAAUAAUUUGGAAAACAUGUCGCUGGAUUCUAAUUAUAAUAAGAGAGAUUGACAAGGAUAUUGACAACAUUCUAAGCCAGUUUUCUGAUGGUCAUACAGGUUUCAAGAUUGGCUUAGGAGAAGAAGGCAACUUUGGGAUAGAUUGCAGCUGUGAAGGCAUGGGUUACUGAUAAAACUAGAGAAGUGGCUAGAUUGGGAAGAGAGAUGAUGGGAGGAGAUGGAAUCUUAGUUGAAAAUUACUGUAUUAAGGCUUUGACUGACGCUGAAGUGGUUUAUACAUAUGAGGUAAAUUAUAAAUUUACUAAUUUAUAGGGAUCUUACGAUAUUAAUAGUUUGAUUGCUGGAAGGGAAAUCACAGGCUUAGCUGCAUUCAAGUGAUGUUCUGAU